GAUGCAUAUCUACAUGUGUGACGAACUGUAGCAGCUGAUUGCAUCCUAUUAGUUGCGUUAGGAUGUAUGUUGUAUAUAUGGAAAUGUAUGCAGGGAUGUGGACAGGGAAUGAACCGGAGAUACGGAUCGAAGAGCGCCGAUCGAAGAGUGUAAUAAUGUUGCCCAGCGUUUCGCCGCGCCAUUGCGCAUACACAGACAGGGCUUUUUAUUAGCUUCGUCCCACUGCUUUCAUCCCGUCAAAUGUGUACAACCAUCUAACCAUUUUUACGACUUUGACCCUAAACGUUAAACGGAAGCAACUUAUGACGCUGCAUUUGGUUAGAGAACGUUUAUUACACAUCCGCUAUUGUUGCAGCUGCCAACGGAUUGUUUGCUCGCAGAACAAAUUUGUGUUGAGGAUAUUUUCUUGCUAGCCUAGGAUACUGUUAAUUAAAGGCAGAAAAUUGAUUGCCGGCGAAUGAAGAUUUUCUUAAACAUUGUUACAGGCUGUGUUUAAAUCUGUUACGUAUAUGGCCGCAAGAUUUCCGGAUCCGGUGGAAACUAUUGUGUUAGAGGUGCUGCUCAAAUAAUAUUACUGGCGCUUAACGCAGUCCCAGUAACCCAGUGGAUUUAUACACGCCAGCACUUUCAUGUGGAAUUUGGCGAUCUUCUUGUUUGUUGUUGCACUGCAAGUUCUGAUAAGCUAUGCAAGCUAUAGCGAUGAACAACAGCGUCUGGUUAAAGAUAUGUUCCAGGGCUACAAUAAACUGAUAAGACCAGGAGAACUGCAUGAAAAAACCGUGGUAGAAUUCACUAUAAAUUUGGCGGUGAUCAUCUAUGUGAAUGACCAGCAACAAGUUAUGAAAAUCAAUGGAUACUUAGACCUGACAUGGGUAGAUGAGCGUCUGCGUUUUGACCAUCCUAUGUAUGGCGCCAACCAGUCCACUCUGAGACUUCCGUCCAAUAAAGUCUGGCAACCAGAAAUAGCUUUAGUUACCACAACGGAUGGAAAUUAUGGACCGACGUAUCGGUGCAAUCUGCUUAUCACUCCACAAGGAGUGAUACAAUGGGUACCGCCUUUUAUAUCCAAAAGUAGCUGCACCAUUAACCCAAGAUUCUUCCCUUUCGAUGAGCAGUUGUGCGUUAUGUAUUUUCGCUCGUUGACGUACAGUUCGCAAGAGCUGGAAAUCAAAUUAGCGAAACAUGAUUUUGAAAUUAAAGACUACCGCAACCAAAGCAGUGGCACUUGGGAUUUGAUUGGCGCGCCCAUUUUUUCCAAACGCAAAGUCAUCGGCGGUAUUGAGAGGGAUUUUGUUGAGUGUCAUCUGCGUCUGCGACGGAAAUCAUUGUUUUACGUUGUCACCAUUCUGCUACCUUGUGUACUGAUAUCCUUCUUGACCGGCUUCGUGUUUCUCCUGCCGAACAAAGGCAAGACUAAUGUCUGCGUAUCGAUCCUCUUCGCGAUCGUGGUGUUCCUUCUGCUCAUGUCCAAAAUCCUCCCUCCGGCCAAUGUUUUACCGCUACUAUCGGAAUUUCUCUUUUUCACUUUUAUAAUGAAUGUUUUAUCCGCAUUCUUUACGGUAAUCGCCAUCAACGUCAAUUAUCGCAGCUGCAACACGCACACAAUGCCAGCGCCGAUGCGAAUUAUUUUCCUGCAACUGCUGCCGAUUCUGUUGUGCAUGCGACGGCCGUUGCGGCAUAUUAAACCCAGAAUGCACGGACGAAAACCGGCCGUGCAGAUGCCCAAUCAAAUGGAUCAGUAUUCCGCCGUGGCCAUCUACCACAAUCCACAGUGUAAUGCGCAGUCCGUGGUGAUGCAGAAUGAGGCCGCCGUACGGGAAUUGGGAACGGAAUCGCAGCGCCGAAACAGUCCAAUUUUGCCGCUGCGCUUGACGCCGACGCCGGCGCGUAAAUCUACCAAAACUCCGUCUCCGGUGAUCGUCUCCCAGCGCAGCAUUGAGAGUGUCAUCCUCAAAGAAGCCCAGAUGUUUGCUGACUUACUGGCCGACAUUCCUGGAUACAAUCACGCACUGAAAGCCGUCGCAUAUAUCGCGGAAAAUAUGAGACGAAAGACCGACCUCGAAGAUAUCUCCGAUGAUUGGCGCUUUAUGUCCCAAGUAAUUGACCGUUUACUGCUGUGGGUGUUUUUUCUCGUAACAUCCGCUGGAUCUAUGGGAAUCAUUUUGAAUUCACCUUAUCUGUUCGACUAUGUUGUCCCAAUGCAAUAUACAAUACGUUGAAUUUUGAAUCGAGUUUUGCCGGAGAAAAGCAAAGACAUUUCAUGAAUGGCUGGAGGUUUGCAGCUACUGUACCGGCAUUUGUGGACUGUCUCACCGAUUACGCCAUAAUCCACGAAUAUGACCGGUUGUAACCCGUCCCGCCUUGUGUUUCAUCUACUACGCUAUAUUGCUGCUUCUAUUAGUGAUUGUUUUUCGUGUUGCUAGUUUUCUGUUUGAUCGUCCUUUCCGUAAGAAAAUUUUGCAUAGGAAUCCUUCUUUUAUGGCACUUCAGCUAUGCUGUGGUAACGCUAUGCUUCUGCUAUGGUAACAUAGCAGAACA